ACAGGAAAAUGGUUGGGAAGCCCAUGGUUGCUGGUCUGGUGGUCCUGGUGGCUACAGUGAGCCUGUUCCUCGGGAUAUUCAUGGGUCUGGGGAAGCAGAACACCCCUGCCCCCUCGGACUACUUCUACUCAAAGGCUGCCGUGGCUGCUGAUGCCGGGAAGUGUUCAGAAGUGGGGAGAGACAUUCUGAAGAAAAAUGGUUCAGCUGUGGAUGCGUCCAUCGCUGCCCUGCUAUGUGUCGGCCUUUUAAACGCUCACAGCACGGGCAUCGGUGGAGGGUUCUUCUUUGUCAUCUAUAACGCUUCCACAGGGAAGGUGGAAACCAUUGACGCGAGAGAGACGGCACCCAUGAACGCCACUGAAGACAUGUUUGGCAACAACACUACGCUCUCUCGUACAGGUGGAUUGUCCAUAGCCAUUCCUGGGCAGAUCCGGGGCUACGAGAUGGCACACAAGCGGCAUGGCAGGCUGCCAUGGAGGGAGCUGUUUGAGCCCAGCAUUACCCUGGCUCGCAAUGGCUUCCCCGUAGGAAAAGCUUUGGCCGACGCCAUUUCCAAGCACAAAGAGUCAAUUCAAGGGGACACCAACAUGUGUGAGGUGUUUUGUGAUUCUGAAAAAAACAUCCUGAAGGAGAAUGAUAUAAUUAGAUUUCCAAAGCUGGCCGACACAUUCCAAAGAAUAGCAGAGGAGGGGCCUGACGUGUUUUAUUACGGGUCAAUGGCACAGAGCAUCGUGGAAGACAUCCAGGCAGCAGGUGGCAUCAUCACCCUAGAUGAUCUGUUGGGGUACCAGCCUGUUCUGAAUGAGAACCCUCUAAAGGUGAAUGUUGGGGAAUACACCAUGCAUGUCCCAGAUGCCCCCUCCAGUGGCCCAGUGCUGGCACUCAUACUCAACAUAGUGGAUGGCUACAACUUCUCAGACACGAGCGUCUCCACAGCAGAGCAGAAGACUCUGACGUACCAUCGCAUCGUAGAGGCCUUUCGUUUCGCUUACGCCAAGAGGAGCAGACUCGGAGAUCCCCGUUACCUCAAUAUUACCGACCUCAUUCACAACAUGACCUCAGACUUCUUUGCUGACGGCCUACGGAGUAAAAUUACAGAUGACACCACUCACCCAGACAGUUACUACGAGCCGGACUAUUUUGUCCCAGACAGCCACGGGACGGCUCACCUGUCAGUCAUGGCUGAAGAUGGAAGCGCAGUGGCCGCCACCAGCACCAUCAAUCUGUAUUUCGGCUCCAAAGUCAUGUCUCGAUCAACGGGAAUCCUUUUCAAUGAUGAAAUGGAUGAUUUCAGCUCUCCCUACAUGACCAACGGGUUUGGAAUACCUCCCUCCCCCAACAACUUCAUCCAACCAGGGAAGAGGCCGCUGUCUUCCAUGUGUCCCACGAUCAUCUUUGACAAAGACAACAGAGUAAAAAUGGUUGUGGGAGCGUCUGGGGGAACGAGAAUCACCACAGCUACUGCCUUAGUGAUCCUGAACUCCCUGUUCUUUAACUACGACCUCAAGAAAGCCGUGACCGAGCCGAGGCUCCACAAUCAGCUCAACCCUAACAUGACGGUGGUGGAGCAGGGCUUUGAAAAGAGGGUGCUGGAGGGUCUGGUCCAGAAGAAUCACAUAACCAAGCUGCUGAGCACGGCAGACUCUGUGGUCCAGGCCGUGGUGAGGCAGGGAGAGCGUCUCUGCGCCGAGUCCGACCCCAGGAAAGGAGGCUAUCCGGCGGGAUACUGA